CCCCCCGGGAUUACGCAAAAUGACUUUUUCCACAGCGCGCACGAGGAUAAGAAUUUCAGUCUGCGAGUCCCAAUGCUGAGAGAUGCCAAGCGAGUCCGAGAGAAGUAGAGGAGAAUACCCGUUUUCUGGUGUGGACUUUUGUGUUCCAGACGUUUUUUUUGUUCUGUGGGUGACACUUUACAUUUUCUGGAGUAGUCUUACCCAGAGAUUUUAAAACCAGAGAGCAGGUAUGACCGCAGUGUCUUGCACGAGGACUUCUUCUUCUAAGCGGGGCGCCCUGGUUGCUGGGUUGGUGGACACAAGGACUCCUGCUGGGAUCAAACCUGCAACCUUUUAGUCGCAGCAGAGACCUUCCAGCCAACGGACGUCUCUGCCCAUCCCUGAAUCCUCGCUCCAAAACAACCUGUGUCUGAUUCACUGUAUGGAUUGCUGUACGUUUCACCUGGCGCAAAUCCAUUUAACAAUCCAUUUAACUUUUCUACACUUCAUUUGGUGAUACCAAACCUCCUUUCGUCUGUAUGGCAGCCAUGUAUCUGGUGGCUUAGUGUUAUUCAUUUAUUUUUGACACGUUUCUAUACACAUUUCUACACUUUGAAGAGUUGUAGCGCAAAUCUCGUCGGCUCUCAUGGGACUGAGGCAUUCGUCGCGUUGUUUGCUGCUUCGGCGGAAGAUGGCGGAGGCGGACAGCUCGGAGCGGCAGCAGCCUGUUACGUCCCCCCUCUCUCAGUCUGCCCAGCCCUCCCCACUGCCUAAACCAGUGCCUACUACCCGCCAUGUGCCCUGCAUCCCCCAUACGCCUCAUGUAGCAGCCCUGGCCAGCUGUCCUGGUCGGGGCAAGAUUUCCAAGUUCAUCAGCCCGGAGGAGAUGACAUCACGGGACUACUACUUCGACUCGUAUGCCCACUUUGGCAUCCAUGAGGAGAUGCUGAAGGACGAGGUGCGGACGCUGACCUACCGGAACGCCAUGUACCACAACAAGCACGUGUUCAAAGACAAAAUCGUCCUGGAUGUCGGCAGCGGCACGGGGAUCCUCUGUAUGUUUGCCGCCAACGCCGGCGCCAAACACGUGUAUGGGAUUGAAUGUUCAAGCAUAUCCGAAUAUUCUGAGAAGAUUAUCAAGUCAAAUCACCUACACAAUGUCAUUACCAUCUUCAAGGGCAAGGUGGAGGAGGUGGAGCUGCCCGUGGAGAAGGUGGACAUCAUCAUCUCGGAGUGGAUGGGCUAUUGCCUCUUCUACGAGUCCAUGCUCAACACUGUCAUCUUCGCCCGGGACAAGUGGCUGAAACCUGGAGGCCUGAUGUUCCCUGACAGAGCAACUCUCUACGUGGUAGCCAUUGAAGACAGGCAGUACAAAGACUUCAAGAUACAUUGGUGGGAAAACGUGUACGGGUUCGACAUGAGCUGCAUUCGCAAUGUGGCCAUCAGAGAGCCUCUGGUGGAUGUGGUAGAUCCCAAGCAGGUGGUGACUAACGCCUGCCUCCUAAAGGAAGUGGACAUCUACACUGUGAAGCCAGAGGACCUAUCCUUCACCUCAGCCUUCUGUCUGCAGAUCCAGCGCAACGAUUACGUCCAUGCACUGGUCACCUAUUUCAACAUUGAGUUCACCAAGUGUCACAAGAAGACUGGCUUCUCCACUGCUCCAGAUGCUGCCAGCACACACUGGAAGCAGACAGUGUUUUACUUAGAGGACUACUUAACUGUCAAGAAGGGAGAGGAGAUCUUUGGCAGUAUUGCUGUGAGGCCGAAUGAGAAGAAUGUGCGUGACCUGGAGUUCACUAUGGAGCUCGACUUUAAAGGGCAACUAUGUGAGGCCGCCAUCUCCCACGACUACAAAAUGCGUUAGGCGCAACAACAACCGACCAACUACCCUCAGCCCCUCUCGACACACUCCCGAGUAUGGGGGACGGCGCAGCCUCUCCAACAGGCAUUCCAGUUGGCCAGCGAGGGAGCGACCGGACACAUCUGAUUGGAUGCCAUAUCAUGCCAGCACCCCAAGUUGAUGUCAUCAGAAAAGGCAAAUAUCGAUCAGCAAUAGUGCUAUCACCUGUACCAGCUUGAUCGACUCGGGCACAUCGUUGAAUGUAACAUCCUAAAUGAACUUGAUUUCUUUCUUUAUUUUUCUGUCACUAAUUUCUGGAAAUGAUGCUACAUUUUGAGUAUAAAUGAGUCUUUGUAUCGUUAGUGCAGCUAAUUGAAAAGCAUUGAUCUGCGUGAUGUCGAGAGGGUCACAGCACAGUCGUCAUCUGAUUUCCCUUUAGUCAUUUGUUAAGAUUUAAUAGGCACUGUGUAAUUGUUUAGAGGGUGCAGUGAUUAAUUGUGUUUUAUUUGUUAUUCAUCAUUUGCCAAUUUCUUUUGCUUCAUUGAUUUCAGAAAGGUGAGAAAUGUAAUUUUUAAAUUUCUUUAAUUGGGGAUAAUUCAGAACAAACGUACUUUGGUGCCAGAAUAAAACAGAGCAACGCCUCAGAACAGCAACAAACAGAUGCAAUAUGUCAUGUAACACUUUGUUUUGAUCGGACAAAGAAUAUGAAAAGAAAAGAGAUGAACAACGAUGAUGAAUAAAAUGUCAAAGAAUCAAAUUGUUCUCUCAUGAUUUUCAUUUAAACAGCUAUUUGAAUGAAUUUCAAAUAAUUUAGUUCAGUUGAAGCUUACAUAUAAAGUAUGACUACAUCAACAUACACAAGACAAAUACAAAGAAAUCAAGACUUUUAAGCUAGCAUUCAUUCAUGAAAAAACUACAGUUUAUUUAUGACUUCUCUAUCGAAAGUAAUUAAAAUACAGAAUAUGUUUCUAUUUUUAAAUCCUAUAGACAGCACUGUUGUGAUUUGGCAACACAGCGUUAUGUACAGGGAAUGGGGCAGCACCUUAUUUUUUA